GUAGGUUUUCCGAAAAGGAGGGGUUGGGACGUAUUUUGUUUCUAUAUUUAUAUUUACCACAGUAUUAAAUGUCUCAUCAGACGGGGAUACGCGCAAAUGACGCCCUCAAAAAGUUUUUUGGAAAAUGCAAAGGAGGAAAUAUUCGUGUAUUUAAGGUCUCUAUAGAGAAUGAGCAACUCUCUUUGGCAAAAUUUAAAGAGGCAGUUGGAACAUGGCAAGAAGAUUUUGACAACUGUAUUCUUCCUCUUGUCGAAGAUGAGCAGCCAUCAUACGUAUUAUACAGGUUGGACUCAAAAAAUACAUCUGGCUAUGAAUGGUUACUUAUUAGCUGGUCACCAGACAACUCUCCUAUCCGCCAGAAGAUGCUUUAUGCAUCAACAAAAGCCACACUUAAACAAGAAUUCGGUAGUGGACAGAUAAAAGAAGAACUUCAUGGUACAACUUUGGAAGACAUUACAUUAAAUGGCUUUAUGCGUCAUAAACAAGCUGCAAAGGAACCAGCACCUUUGACAACAGCCGAAGAAGAAUUAGCAGAACUCAAACGCACUGAAGUUGGUGUUAGUGUUGACUCCAGACACCAGACUUUGUCAGGAGUCGCCUUUCCUAUCACAAAAGAAGCUCGGCAAGCCAUUUGUGGAAUGCUUGAUGACACAUACAACUAUGUACAGUUAAGGAUAGAUCUCGAUGAAGAAAAGAUACAUCUUGCCAGUGCUGGAAAUGUUCCUGUAGCUAAAUUAAGCCAGAAAGUUCCUACUGAUAGUGCCCGCUAUCACUUAUAUAAUUUCAAGCACACUCAUGAAGGUGAUUACAUGGAAACCAUUGUGUUCAUAUAUUCAAUGCCAGGGUACUCGUGUUCAAUAAAGGAGAGAAUGUUGUACUCAAGCUGCAAAGGUCCUCUCCUGGAAACAAUUGAGACAGAAAUUGGUCUCUCAGUUACAAAAAAGAUGGAAAUAGAUGGUGGAGAUGAGCUCACAGAAGCUGCGUUGUAUGAUGCAAUUCAUCCAAAAACAAAUCUUCACCAGCCAAAAUUUGCAAAACCAAAGGGCCCACCAAAUCGUGGAGCUAAGAGAUUAACUCGAACCCAGCAAGCUGAGUAACAUUCACAUCGGGCAGCAUGGUUAUGCUGCCUGUCAGGAAGUGAUGGUUCUGCUGGACCACAUGAAGUGUGAAAGUGGACAUGGUCAAACUGCUUCAAAACUUAUCAUGCUAAUAUUUGCGGAAAAGCCUUGAAAAAAAUAUUUUUUUCUGUGAACAGUAUUUUUGAUAAUGUAACGAGCUGAUUACGUAUAAAAUAUAUAUGUGUGUGUGAAUGUAAUGAUGCAUAUAUUUCUGUGAUAUUAUUCAGAAGGCACUAAAGUAAAUUAUGAUUGCAAUUAUUCUCCUUAUGGGAACAUCAGUACGUUAAUACUGAAAAAAUAUAAUAGUGGUACCUUAUUUAUUAUGUAAAUAU